CUUGAAAAACAGAAAAUGCUUAAAUAUAAAUCUCUACAAAAACAUUUAUUAGUAUUUAAAUAUGUAAAUAUGAUUUGAUAUACCGACUAAUUUGAAAAAUUUCUUAAUAGAAAUUAAAGAAACCAUAAAAUUCACAAGAUGUUUACUUCACUUCCAAAACGUUUGGCCGCAUUUGAUUUUGAUUAUACAAUUGUUGAUGAUAAUACAGAUACUGUAAUCCGUGGAUUAUUACCCGCAUCCGAAGUAGUAAAAUAUUCCUGUACAGAUUUUAAAUGCUGGACAUAUUAUAUGCAAGAUAUUUUCAAUAAAUUAUACCAAAGAAAUGUCAGUGACUUAGAUAUUACAAAUGAAAUUAUUAAAAUUCAACCCGUAUCGGGUAUGAAAACAUUGAUAAAAAAAUUAAAAGACGAACUUAAUUUUGAUAUAAUUAUAAUUAGUGACUCUAAUACACUAUUCAUUGAUAAAUGGCUAAGUAGUGUAGGUUUAAAGGAUUACAUUUUACAAGUAUUCUCAAAUCCUGCACAAUUUGUUGACCAACAGUUACAAAUUCAACCAUAUCAUGAACAAACUGAUUGUAAAUUAAGUCCGUAUAAUAUGUGUAAAUAUCGUAUAUUAGAUGAAUUUCUACAAUCACAAAAGCAGAAUAAUGUUAAUUACAGUGCAAUAUAUUACUUUGGUGAUGGCUCAAAUGAUUUCUGUCCAAUAUCACAGUUAUCAACGAAUGAUAUAGGAUGUGUACGCUUUGGUUAUAAGUGUUUAGAUAUGUUGCAAAAAUGUAUUUUAAAACAACCUCCCAAGAAUGUUUUAGAGAAUCAUAUUCGAUCGGAAAUAUUUAUAUGGCAUGAUGGACAUGACUUGUUGAAGUUUAUCAGUGCAAAAGUGAAAUAAAAUCACUAUUUAUGUAACAGUUAAUUAUUUUUUUAUUUUCUACCUCAUUUUUAUACUUGUCAUUGAGAUUAAAAUUUUGUAUUAUUAAAUAUUUGACAAUAAAUCCUAAAAUUA